CCUGAUCCCAUAAUUUGUGGUCCAAUAAGUCCAGUGGACUGGGACAACCAACUACAGUGUCGUAAAUUGGUACCUCAGUCCGCCCUUCUCUCUCUCCAUAAAUAUCUCUGCAUCGGCUUUCGUCCUUCAUCUUUCGUUAUUUUCUUCUCUGUAAACAAUAAAGCCAUGGCUGUUGCCUCUGCUUCAUCGCUAGUGCUCCCUCUGAACCUGAAAACCCUAUCCCAGUCCAACCCCAGAGCUUCUUUUGUCUCGUCCUUUUCCCUCCCCAAGAACCUCCGUGCCGGACCCAUUUCCAUUUCUCCUCUCUUCGCCUCUUCUGCUAGGCAUUUCGAGACCUUACCCAGUUCUUCUCGGUUUGUACCCAGAGUCGCUUUUUCUUCCGAGUACGAGCAAGAUGAUGAGAUAUCUGGCAGUGACGGAGGCGAGCCUCCCAGUUUCUCGCAAGACCUGAAACUCUUUGUGGGUAACCUUCCAUUUAGCGUGGAUAGCGCUCAGCUUGCUGGAUUGUUCGAGAAUGUUGGAAAUGUUGAGAUGGUUGAGGUUAUUUAUGAUAAGGGAACGGGGAGAAGCAGAGGGUUUGGUUUUGUGACAAUGUCAACUGCAGAGGAAGUUGAAGCUGCUGCGCAACAGUUAAAUGGCUUUGAGUUGGAAGGCAGACCAUUGAGGGUGAAUUCUGGACCUCCCCCUCGAAGAAGGGAAGAUUCCUCUUUCAGAGGGAUCAGAGGUGGUGCAACUUUUGAUGCCUCAAAUAAGCUUCAUGUGGGUAACCUUGCAUGGGGUGUUGAUGACUUGGCACUUGAGACCUUGUUUAGUGAGCGGGGCAAGGUUGUGGAAGCGAGAGUGGUUUAUGAUAGGGAUAGUGGUAGAUCAAGGGGUUUUGGCUUUGUAACUUACAGUUCUGCUGAAGAGGUCAGCAGUGCUAUUGAAUCCUUAAAUGGUGUUGAUUUGGGUGGCAGGGCAAUUCGAGUUUCUGUUGCAGAAACUAGGCCAAGGCGUAGAUUUUGAGUGUCAACCUUCUUGCUUCUUUUACCAGGGAUAAUUCUUAAGGAAUAUCUGGAAUAUGCAGCUGCGGCCUUUUCUUUCUCUUGAAUUCUGCAAUCUUUAGUUUCACUCCAGCUGCAUUUGGGAAGCAGUUAUCUGCUCAGUUUGAUGUUUGCCUGAGAUUAGAAAGAGCUGAUGAAAUCUUUUGAGAUAUUCUGUGCUUUUUAUGCAUUAUGUUUUGAAAAACCAUGGAUAGUGUUUCUCUUCAUCUGUUGACGUUGAUUUAAAUUACCGAUUGUUUGGCUUCCUCACAUGGUAUGGUGCAAAUUUUUUUUAUGGUUCUUGGAUGAAUUGCAGGUAAAGCAACACCUGGAAAUAUCAUCCAACGUUCCAACUUUAAUAUAUGUAUGGAUUUGAG